AUGCUUUCAAAAAAACCAGGAUCAAAGCUUGCACGCUCAGUCAGCGCAGUAGAGUUUACUAUCUACGCUACAUGUCAACUAGCUCAUAUCGUGGCCAGAGACAAUACUUAUCUCGUACUAGGAGCACCAGAAGAACGUCGAGCUUUGUAUAUCCUCUCCAAAGACAUUUGCCCAGUCUGCGAUGGCAAGGAGGGCGAGUCUGCUCUUAGCGAUCCGGAGAAAACGCUCCCUGCACGCCAUCUCUUCGUUAAGGAGAAGAUAAAUGAUUUGAUAAAAUCACUUGAUGACAUAUCAAAGAAUUCUCCCAAUGAUAAUAAAAGGCUAGAAUUUUUGGAUGAUAUUUGUCAUACGAGUCAGAAAUAG